GUUAGAAGUGAAGUUAGUUGUAGAAACCAAAAAUGGAGUCUCAGGGACAGUGGAAUCCUCUUCUAUCAUUUUCAAGGUUUAUCCAUCAAAACUGUAACAACCUCGCUACUCAUUUCGAAAACACCAAACGACUCGCCGGAACCCUAAUUCAAUCUCACACUCACACCAAACCCGCUUUCGCCGCUACUUUAACUACCAAAAACGUCGCCAAAUCCCUCGUCGGAACCUCCGUUUACACCGUCAGCAGUUCCAACAAUGAAUUCGUUCUUAUUUCUGAUGCUGAAGGUGCUAAGUCCAUUGGAUUGCUUUGCUUUCGCCAAGAAGACGCUGAAGCAUUCCUUGCUCAGGUUCGAUCGCGGAAAAAUGAUAUUCGAGGCAAUCCUAAAGUUGUUCCCAUAACACUUGACCAGGUAUACAUGUUGAAGGUGGAAGGUAUUGCAUUCCGAUUUUUACCCGACCCUGUUCAAAUAAAGAAUGCACUGGAGCUCAGAGCUGCCAACAAAGAAGGUUUUGAUGGAGUUCCUGUUUUUCAGUCAGACCUUUUGGUUGUGAAGAGGAAGAAUAGGCGUUAUUGCCCUGUAUAUUUCUCUAAGGAAGAUAUUGAACAGGAACUAUCGAAGGUUUCCAGGGCAUCUAAAGGUCCUGGAGUUUCUAAGCAGAUAACGGCUGGUUACUGGUUUCCCAUAUAUAUUCACAAACACACACGAGGCAGCAUCUUGUAUUUCUCCUAUUAUGUCCAAGACUCAUCUUGAAUAAAUAUUAGUAACAUUUAACUGGCAAUAUGAUCCAUUUGUAAACCUGUUGGACAAUUGGUUGAAUUAUAGUGUUGUGUAAAUAUAUUUGCAUUUGUAAUGCAUUUUUCAGGUUGCCAUGUCAUCAAUUCCUUUUAAGUCAAUAGUUUAGGCAAAAAGUACUUGAUGUUAUUUAUAUCUUGCUCUGAACAAAACUAUAUGGCCUUGAAAGCAAACAACUAUGCUGAUGCAAUAAUUAGUUUUAGCACAAUAAAUGGUAUGAUUUGUUUAUGUUUCUUCAAUUUUAUGGCUAACAAUGCAUCUUUUGGAUGGGAAAUUUCAAUCUGAAAGUAGCAAUUUGAAACCCUCUGUAUGGGUUAUAGUUCAUAGCAUACACUUUUGUGAUCUUUAUUUCAUGGAAAAUGUUAGGAGAAAAGGGAGAAAGUCACGUUUUCUUAAAUAAACAGGAAAUAGAUUUGCAUGCGUGUGGAUAUGAAUAAUCACAUAAUCCUCAUGUGCUGAUUUCAAUUCUGAUAUUCUGCUAGAUAUCUAGUUUGUGAGAGUUUUCAAAUGAUAAAAUAAGUUACAUAUGCUAGAGUGUUUUGUAUAUAACUUAUCAUUCAUUUGUAGGUUUCUUAUUUAUUUGUUUACUUUUGAUAUUAAGCAGGUUGGUACCUUCGAAGAUGUACU